GACACUGCGACCCGAGUGUGGGACAGCGGGACAGACCCCAAAAAAUGGGACUGUCCCGUGAAAAUCGGGACAUUUGGGAGUAAUGGGUGUGUGUGAGGGGGUAUGCCGUACAGACAGACGGGCACCGGCUCACUGUGUGCUUGACCCCCCACAUCAGCAUACUCAGCAGGGUCUCUCUGGCGCGGAGGAGCGUCACUUUCUGGCACACUCCACGCUUCUUAGCUGCAGUUUUGUGGGUCACCAGCCACUGUGCACUUUCCAUACUGCCUCUGUUAUCUCCAGCCCCGGCAACCCCACCGCUAGCUGCAGCGCUGCCACCCGCAGUGAGGUGCGCCCAGCUCCUUCACACACUUUAGCCGGCGGGUAGCGCUGCAGAAGUCCGAGCUGCUUGCAGGCUCUGACCCCCUCCUCCCUCCAGCCGCAGCGUCUCCUGGGAGCUAACCAGUCACUCCCAGUCUCCCCUUACCACAGUGCCCAGCAGCCGCGAGGUCUGCGCCACGUGCAUGCUAUGACCCCCCUCCUCCCUCCAGCCGCAGCAUCUCCUGGGGGCUAACCAGUCACUCCCAGUCUCACCUUACCACAGUGCCCGGCAGCUGCGCGAGGUCUGCGGUGUGUGACUGAGGAGGGGGGGAGGGAUGCGGACGGGCAGAGGAAGCAGGACUUCAGCCUAAGAGAAUCAGCCAUGCCAAGUCUCCACCAGCAGCAGAUCCCAACAGGUUGGAGUGGAACAGCAGCAGCCAGCAGCAGUGACUCCGGAGCUCAGGGUGGGUCAGUGGCUGCCGCACUAAAACAAGAUGGCUUCUUUGCGGUCAGGGCGGUGACUCGGGACACCAGCAAACCAGCAGCUGUGAAGCUGAGGGAGGCCGCGGCGGAGGUGGUGUGUGCAGAUCUGGACAAUGAGGAAAGUCUGGUGGCCGCGCUGACCGGAGCCUAUGGAGCUUUUGUGGUCACCAACUUCUGGGAAUACUUCAGCAAAGAGAAGGAGGUGACACAGGGAAAAUUGAUCGCAGAUGUAAUCAAACGACUUGGCCUGACCUUCGUGGUCUUCAGUGGCCUCGAAAACGUGAAGAAGCAGACGGGGGGGAAGCUGGAAGUGCUCCAUUUCGACGGCAAAGGGGAGAUAGAGGAAUAUUUUAGAGAGAUUGGAGUCUCUAUGACCAGUGUGCGACUUCCCAGUUACUACAAGAACCUCCUGACCUACUUCAUGCCCCAGAAGAACAAGGACAGUGACAGCUACUCUCUGGGCAUGCCCAUGGGUGAUGUUCCAAUGGAUGGGUUGUCUGUGAAAGACUUGGGUCCUAUCGUUGUCAGUAUCCUGAAGUCUCCAUCGCAAUACGCUGGCAAGGACAUUGGGCUCAGCACAGAGAAGCUGACGGUUGAGCAGUAUGCAGAUAUAUUGUCCAAAGGCGUUGGGAAAACCAUCAAGGAUUCCAAAAUAUCCCCUGAGGCCUACGAGAAGCUGGGCUUCCCGGGAGCAGGAGAGCUGGCCAACAUGUUCCGAUUCUUCAUCAUGGGACCCGACCGGGAUGUGGACCUCACCCUCAAACUCAACCCCGGGGCCAGGAAGUUCCAGCAGUGGAUUGAGGAGAACAAGAACGCUUUUCAAGGCCUGUGAAUGAUUCACUAGGCAAUGGCUGCAGAUUCCAAGCAUAAGACUAUAAAACAUUGCGUUCAGUGUGAGGCGAUGUUCCCUGGACCAUUAAU